AUGAAUCAUCAACCCACCAACCAGCUGAUUGUUUUGAAGAACCAGCUGAUUCAUGUGAAGAAUCAGACCAACCAGCUGAUUCAUGUGAAGAACCAGCUGAUGCUAAACCAGACUCCACCAGUGGCAGAUGAACGCAAUCCUUGCAACAAUGCAGGGGAGAGACAGCCUCAUUGUUCAACCAACAGGAAGGGGAAAAGUCUAUGCUACGUUAUUCCUGCCCUUUGUAAAAACAAAACUGUACUGGUAAUUUCGCCAAUCAUCAGCCUCAUGGUUGAUCAAGUACAAAAGCUUACCAAGACAGGCAUCAGGGCGGCUUUACUUGGUACAGCCCAAAAAGAGAACAUUAUUCAACAAAUACAACAAGGUGAAUACUAUCGUCUCAUUUUCACCACACCCGAGUCAUUACCUGAAUAUGGAGCACUGGUAGACCUGCGUUUUCAUUUCCCCAAUGUACCACUAAUGACCCUGACUGCCACUGCUACACCACAAGUCAAAGUGCAACUGCUAGCAAUGCUACGAAAUCCAAGCCAGGAAGUAGCAAGCAUAAACCAAGAGAACAUACGUUAUCAUGCCUAUGAAUUAAAGAAACUGCCAAAGAAAGGUAGGCCUUCCUACUACACUGAAUUGGCCGAUUAUGUUGUAAACAUAGUACAGAAGCAGAGAGCGAUUGUUUACAUUGACUUUGUCAAAGAUGUAGCACCAUUGGUUAUUGCACUGAGGGAAAAAGGGCUGAGUACUUGGAGUUUUCAUGGAAAAAACAUGUCCAGCCACGACAAAGUGAAUGCUGUUGAAUUGAUAACUGGUGUCUAUCUGAUUCUGGUUAUGGUAUGUACUACUACCUUUGGGAUGGGUGUGGAUGUUCCUGAUGUGGAAGUAGUGGUGCGAGUUGGGUGUCCUUCAUCUCUUGAGGAACUAGUUCAAGAAUUUGGUAGAGCUGGUAGAGACGGACGACCAGCAAAAGGAGUGCUUAUGUUCAGUGAAACAGAUUUACAGCAUGCAGUCUAUUGGACCAAGGAUAAGACCUCAGAUGAACAGCAGACUUUACUCAUGGAGUUUCAAACAGUAUGGAGGUGA